AUGACAAGCGAAAUACGUUACGACCGUCAAGUUCGUCUUUGGGGAGAUGAGGGUCAAUCUUGUAUUGAAAGUGCUAAUGUUUGCGUUCUUGGUUCAUCUGCUUUGGCAUGUGAAAUCAUUAAAAACUUAGUACUUGCUGGUAUCAAUUCCGUGCAUAUUAUUGAUAACGCUGUAAUAACAGUACCUGAUUUGGGUUCUAACUUCUUUCUCGACAAUGAAAUCGGUCACUCAAGAGCAGAAGUUGCUUUGCGUUCUCUCAUGGAACUUAAUCCAUCAGUAAAAGGAAGCUUUGAUUUUCGUCAUAUCGACGAUGUUCUUGCAGAAAACGAAAACUUUCUGCUAAAAUUUACUGUUGUAAUUGGAUGCAAUUUGAAUAUCGAUACUGCUGUACGAAUAAAUAAUCUUUUAUUCGAAAGGAACAUUCCAUUCGUUCUUGCAAGGCAAACAUAUGGUCUUAUUGGUUUCGUACAAAUUUCUGUGAAAGAACAUACAAUCAUCAACACACAUGAAGAGAAUGCACCACCUGAUUUAAGACUUGAUCGUCCGAUUCCUGCUUUAGAAAAAUUUUUGCAGUCAAUAAAUCUAGAAGAAAUGGAGUACGAUGUUCAUUCCCACACUCCAUACUUAAUUUUAUAUAUGAAAGCUCUGAAACUUUGGCGAGAAAAAUAUGGUCAAAAUGAUUUCCCCGAUAACCAUGAAAAAAGGAAGACAUUUGAAGCGGUUUUUAUGUCGCUAAGGAUUCCACAUCCUAAAACAGAGUCACUUGAGGAGGAAAAUUUUUUUGAAGGCCGUGUCGCAUUAGUUCGCUCAUUAAGAAGAACAACAAUACCAGAGAGAGUCAAAGAAUUACUUAAUCAUCCCAAAGCAAAAGAACCCAAUUGCUCAUGUUUUUGGAUAUUAGUAGCGGCACUUCGGAGAUUUGCCAUGACUCACGAAGUUCUUCCUGUACGUGGUAGCUUACCAGACAUGAUAAGCGAUUCAGAACGAUACGUCCAUCUAACGAAGAUAUUUCGUGACAAGGCAAAAGAGGACGUGAAAGAAGUAAUGGGUUAUGCAUGUUCAAUUGUGGAAGAGCGGAAUUUUCCAAGUGAUUGUAUCAAAUAUCGAGAUUGUGAAUUUUUUUGCAAACGAGCUGCUUUUUUGGGAGUGCAACAUGGGUCGAGCAUAAUGCACCAACCAAAAGCAUCGUUGCAGGCAUUAUUUAGUGAAUUACAAAAUACUACGUUUCAAACUCAUUCAGUGACGGGUGUCCCUAUUAUGCCUCCGUCAGUGUGGUUUGUCUUACUUAGGGCGAUUGACAGAUUUUAUUGUGAGAAGUUGCGAUACCCUGGGAGUAGCGGUGUUCCAUGUGUGAUCGAUUCUUUUGAUCUUAAGGCGAGAGUGGUCGACUUGAUUGAGGAAGCUGGAAUAGAAGAUAAAGAAGAAAUGCUGAAGAAAAUUCCUCUGAUAGCAAUUAAUGAGAUGUGUCGGUACAGUGCGUCUGAACUACAUGUUAUUGCUUCCCUAAUUGGUGGUAUAGCUGCUCAAGAAGUAAUCAAACUAAUCACAGGUCAGUAUAUCCCUCUCGACAAUAUCUUCAUUUUCGAUGGCCAUACACAAAAUAGUCAGACAUAUCGAUUCUGA